GGGCGCAGCGCGCGGGCUGCGCGGCCGCGGGUGUUCUGCUUGCACCGGAGCCGUGGCGAGCCAGGCUCCCGUAGCCGCGUACUAGGAGGAGGCCGGAGCCCGGGUGGGAAGAAUGGAGUUGGCGUCUCGCUCCCAGGUCCCUAAAGAAGUGGCUGACAUCUUUAACGCCCCCAGUGAUGAUGAAGAGUUUGUUGGUUUCCGAGAUGAUGUUCCCAUGGAAACCCUCUCAUCAGAGGAGAGCUGUGAUAGUUUCGACUCACUGGAGUCAGGGAAACAGCAAGAUGUACGUUUCCAUUCCAAAUACUUUUCGGAAGAGCUAAGAAGAAUUUUUAUAGAGGACACUGACUCAGAGACGGAAGAAUUUGAAGGAUUUACGCAGAAUGACCUGAAUGAAAAUAGUAACCCAGAAGUCAUGCUUGUGGAGUCAGAUCUGAGUGAUGCGGGUAAGACGUCUUCAGUGAGUGAGGAAGAGGAGGAGGACGAAGGAGCAAAGGCUACACCUAGAAGAAGGAGGCCCAGGAGGAGCAGUAUCGGUCUUCGAGUAGCCUUUCAGUUCCCCACCAAGAAACUGGCAAAAAAGUCAGACAAUUCUUCGGAGCCGCCGUUUUCUAGCACACGCUUACAGGACAGUAAAAAAGCCAUUCUUGGAAGAAAGAGAAGCUGCAGACAGGGGAAGCAAAGAGAGGAUUCGGUCUCGGAGUCCGAGGAUGAGUCCAGGGAUGAGGGCCAGGAGGGCUCGGAUGCUCUGCUGAAGAGGACCAUGAACAUCAGGGAGAACAAAGCCAUGCUCGCUCAGCUACUGGCGGAACUGAACUCUAUGCCAGAUUUCUUCCCAGUACGAACCCCAAACUCAGCUUCUAAGAAGAGGGCCUCAAGGCGGGCGUUCUCCGAGGGACAGGUCACCCGGCGCACCAACCCGGCCCGGAGUGCACGGCCUCCCGAGAAAUUUGCCCUGGAGAACUUCACCGUCUCAGCUGCCAAAUUUGCAGAAGAGUUCUACAGUUUCAGGAGAAGGAAGACGAUGAGUGGGGUAUUUUCUGAGCACCACAAACAGGGGAAAUGCCAGGGGUACAGACGGCGUCACCGAAUAUCUUCUUUUCGGCCAGUGGAGGAUAUCACUGAAGAGGACUUAGAAAAUGUUGCCAUAACUGUUCGAGAUAAAAUCUAUGAUAAAGUUCUGGGCAACACCUGCCACCAGUGUAGGCAGAAGACCAUCGACACCAAGACCGUGUGUCGGAACCAGAGCUGCGGCGGGGUGCGAGGACAGUUCUGCGGGCCGUGCCUGAGGAAUCGCUACGGGGAGGAUGUGAGAUCGGCGCUGCUGGACCCGGACUGGGUGUGCCCUCCCUGCCGCGGGAUCUGCAACUGCAGCUACUGCCGGAAGCGGGACGGCCGCUGUGCCACGGGGAUCCUCAUCCACCUGGCCAAAUUCUAUGGCUACAAUAACGUUAAGGAAUACCUGGAGAGCUUACAGAAGCAGCUGGUGGAAGACAAUUAAGAGAAGAGCCAGCCCGCUCACCGUAGAGCACGCCGGCCGGCCCUGCCAUGCCACUUGUGCCUAAGAUUUCUUACCAUUGUGUUUUUAUACAGAAAUUCUUUGUAGACCUAAAUGCUAUUUUUUUUUUUAAGAUUGUCUAAAAAGAUUUCUCAGGAAGACGGCACAGCAGAGGAAUCUCUAUACAUGUAUCCGCAGGCCCCUACAUAUAUUGAAUUGUUUAAAAGCACCUGCUUACGAUGAAAAAAAAAGCAGUUUAAAUAGGGUGGAGUUAAAGUCCAGGUAAGUUCCAGAGAAAACAUUGUAUAAGCAGCUCUUGCCUUUGACACUGUUUACCUGUGUGGCCUCGAUCUUUACCUCUAGUCCAGGACCACAUAGUUAACCCUUCUCUGGGUCGUUGGAAUUUGUGAAAGAAUGUUCCCCUAAAUUACAAAGUGCAAUUAUUCAUAGAUCUUGUGAGUACUAGAGUUUUAUUUUUAUGAAAACUUGAGUGAACAGAAAGUAGACUGUCACCUUCGCGACACUGGAGUCCGUGGGGCCCUGCUGGCCGGCGGGAACGGCUGCCCCUUCGUUCAGGAGUCACCUGCUUGCCAGACUAAGAAUGUCAGGGCUCAUUUUUAAUUUAAAAAGAUUUUGUUUAAUGUCUGCAAGAGCUAAAAUUCCCCUUCACUGAUGGGGAGACUUUAUUAAGGAUGGUGUUUAAACAAAAUUAAGGCACAUGUACAUUACUUCAAAGUUAUCUAAGUGGGAGGAGGUUUGGUAGCUCUCAGUAAAGUAAAUUAACGUGUAUGGACCCCAGUGACCAUCCUGGCUGUGGCCCGUUUUCAUGCUUCGAGCAGCAGAGCCACACCCGCCAGGACCCACUUGGUGGUCUUGUCUUGGCUUUUCAGUCGGAAGGUCCACACAUAGUUAGAGCCCCUCAUUUUGGUUUUAUACACGGGACAUUCAUACGUGUGUUUGGUUUCCUGUCUGUCCGCGGGGAUGGCUUUGGCAAAGAUGACGGGCAUCACCGAUGUGACCUCCUGGAGGCGGGCUUCUGCAAUGGUUCCUGACUGUGUGUCCCAUCGGGCACCUACCGAGAAAACACAAGAGUUGCAAGAAUGUGGCAUGUGGGUACCGCUCCUCUCCUGUUGGAGGCAAUAAAUGUUUGGUUUUGGCACAGUUA